AUGACGGAUUAUCCUAAACGUAAAGCAUAUAAUGAACAUUAUCCUAUGCAAUUUGAUGAAAAUGGAAAAGCUGUUAAACAAUACAUUGGAGAAGGUGAAAAUGGUCCAAUUAAUUCAUACCGUCAUAAUCCAUAUUCUUACUUCAAUGAAGAAUUAAAUGCUAUUGAAGAGGGACCGGAUGGAUUACCACGAUAUUCUAACCAGUUUGAUGGUCAAUAUGCAAAUUUGAGAUCUGAAAUUCCAGCUAAGAAAUUCUUUAAAGUUGCUUUAUUCGAUCCAGUUUUCGCAAAUGUUAAAGAUGAACUUAAACAGCAAUUCCAACCAAUUAUAGUAGCAAGAAUUGCAUCAGGUGCUUUAUCUCAAGCAUUCAAAGAUUUAAUUAAGAAACCAUUAUAUCAGCAACGAGGUUUAACUUAUGAUUUAGUUAAGGAAUCAGAUAAAAGAAAAUUUGAGAAAUCAAAUGAUUAUAAGAAUGCAAUUAAUGAAUAUAUUCGGUCUAUUAAUUUCGAUGAAAAUGCUAAAAAUCAACUUCAUGAACAAAUACAGGAAAUAAUAGAUUCAAAAGUUCCAGCAAAAUAA